AUGGCAGAGUCUGAAAAAUCUCCUGACAACAUGGCUAUCGAAACGAGUGCCGAAAAUAUCUCACCAACAAAUGAACCUGAAGUCAUGACUGCUGAAUGUGUUACAAAUUCACCAUCCUCUAACGCUGCAGCUGGUGAUGGCAUACAAAUUGAUUUAAUUUCAAUAACUCCAAAAAUUAAAGCUGUGAGAAUAAAUGAACCUUUACCGUCAGCAUAUCUCUCUCAACCAAGUCCACCAUCAUACCCACCUUGCAUAACUGAAGGUUUGGAACAAUUUAAACCCAUAAUACCUUUUGAGGAACUUUCGUUCGAAGAAAAAAUUGGCCAUGGCUCCUUCGGUGUUGUUUACAAAGUGAAAUGGCAAUCACGACUCGUAGCAGCCAAAGAAUUCAUGGCAAAUCCCGAUCAAGCAGAGGCUAUUGAAACUGAGGUUAGGCAACUGUCUCGAGUAAGCCAUCCCAAUAUUAUAGAGCUUUAUGCCAUAACCGCCAAUCAACAAUCAAUAUACCUCAUUAUGGAAUUUAUGGAAGGUGGUUCUUUACACACAUUUCUACAUGGCAAAGUUAAACCAUAUUAUUCGACCGCACAUGCCAUGAGUUGGGCUUGCCAAUGUGCAGAGGGCGUCUCCUAUUUACACGCCAUGAAACCAAAGCCACUAAUUCAUCGCGACUUAAAACCACUUAAUUUGUUACUUACAAACAAAGGGCGGCAUUUAAAGAUUUGUGAUUUUGGUACUGUUGCCGAUCAGGCAACAAAAAUGACCAAUAAUCGCGGAACAGCUGUGUAUAUGGCACCAGAGGUGUUUUCAUCAUGUAAUUAUGAUGAAAAAUGUGAUGUUUUUAGUUGGGCGACAGUAUUAUGGGUGGUGUUGAUGCGUCAACAACCUUUUGCAGAAAUUACAAAUGCCUAUUCAAUUCAGUGGCAAAUUCAUAAAGGUCAUCGUCCACCUAUGAAUCCGAAAAUUCCUCAACCAAUACAAAACCUCAUGCAAGCUUGUUGGCUUAAGGAACCCGCAGAGCGUCCACCUAUGGCACAAGUAUUGGCAUUUAUGAAAAGAAUAACGGCAGAUUUACCGGGUGCCGAUGAACCAUUAGAAUAUGAAUUCAAACAUCUUCAGAUUGUUUGUACGGAUACAACACAGUCUACGGAUAGUUAUCAACUUGAUUUUAGUAGUUUGAGAUCAACUGAGGUCUCGGACUCAACAUUAGAUUUGACGCCUACAAAUUCGGCAAAACAUUCAAAUACCUCGGACUCCUCGCUAACACCUACAAACAGUACAGAGGGGCACUCUAAUUUUCUGGUUCCACCAACAACACAUAUACCGACUGCACGCAUUUCUGGCUUGACAUGUUGGGAUGCCAUUCCGGAGGAGUCUGAGUCUUCUGCAUGUCCGCAUGAGUCUAGCGCAGAUAUAUUUAAUUUGACGCCAUCGGCAUCGGCAUCAAGACGUUAUGAAACCAUGCGUAGCGGCCUUAUGCAAAAAGCUAAUAUCAAUAUGAAUCCACUGACAAUCGAUGUAGAUCCGCGCGCCUGGGACUUAUUUCGUGCAAGAAAUGAUGGCAAAGAGGGACUUACCGUUACCGAAACCAAACCGAUGACGACGAACAGUUCAAUGGAUGACCGAGAUUUCAAUGCGGCCGCACAUGAAGUUGUGGAGGAAAACGAUGACAGCGACGAUCCACCGUUAGCCGAAAUGCUAGAUCCCGAACUACAACCCGAACAGCCGAUUGCCGACAAUGAAGAAUCACAAGCCAUUUACAGAGACCAUCGACGUUUAGCCAAAGAAUAUUUACGCGUAGACACGCGGCUCUACUAUGCGCAGGAUUUCAAGGAGAAGAUUCUACUCGGUUUAGAUCCCGAAGAAAGACAACAGAAACAGGAGAUGUUGCGCAAAAUUAAGGAGAAACAAGAGCUCUUGGAACUCUACAACAAUUUGAAACAACAACGUGAAAAUCUACUCGCCGAACAGGCGCGUGCUGUGGCACAUCCGAGGGGUGCCGAGGUGACACAACAACAGAUGGAGUUGCUUGCGGGCAACGCGCGAUUAAUGGCGCAACAACAGACUAGUGCCGAUGGCAGCGGACAGCAACAACAGCCGCAGGAAAUGCUCGCCGAUGACGGUUGGGUGGUCAUACAGCGCAAUCAGAAUGCGUAGUUUGCAUUCGGUUAACAAUAUUAUUUUAGUUUUAAUUAUUUGUUUUGUGUCUUGUUUUUUUUGAGUAAUCUUAAGUGAACGCUAGGGUUUAAACGCUUUCAAAGUAAGAACAAGAGCAGCCAGUUACGGAGGAAUUAAGAAAAAAGAAGCCAUGUCAUUAAAGAAGAAUUAAGCAUUAAUUUUUGUGUUAAUAAAUAAUAAAUAUGUAUAGGUGAAUGUAUUGUUGAAUAUUCUAUGUAUGUUUGUAUGUGUGUGUGUUAGUGAUUUGACCAUUUUUCUGUUCUCUAUUAAAUAGACAUGCCAUAUGUGUAUGCAUGUUUGAGUCAUUGUGUAAAUCUUAUGUGGAAAAUGUAUUCUAUAUAAUACUGUUAUUCGAAAAUUGAUACAUUUGUACUGUAAUCAGGUGCAAGAACUCUAUACCAAUAAAGUUAGUAAUGUAAAUAUGUAAUUUAAUCAACAGAAAAAAAUGU